GGAGGAGGGGUCCCGCUGAUGUCCUCUCUCGUGCACUCAGCCAACCCCUGCUGCUGCUGCUGCUGUAAGGUAAAGCUGGCGGUAUCCUAGUGUACCCUUGUUAAGGAUCCGCCGCCGAAAGAACCCGGUUUGCAGACAUCGGAUCUUCCAGAAAUAAUUAUUUUAUGCGUCGGGGAGAUUUCCUACCCAAAUUACGCAUGGAAUGGUUUUGGGGGGAUUGGAGUAGAAAUGCAGCGCCGCACUUCCAGCCCACAACGAGAACCAUGCCCAGCUUACACUGCAAGCAAAUUUAUGACAUCCUGUUUUAUCCUUUACGACUUUGAUAUGAGUGAAUUUUACUCGGAUAGUGACCAGGAGUGAAGAAAAAGAAACGCAUCGCACAGAGCUGAAGGACGCUGUAUUCGCCGCAGACGUUUGUGUGCCGAGAAACCUCUACGUUUAGGAUUUUUUUUUUCUUUUUCUCUUUUUUUUUCUUUUUGAUGGAGCUGGAGAACAUAGUAGCCAACACUGUACUGCUAAAAGCCAGAGAGGGUGGAGGAGGGAAAAGGAAAGGAAGGAGCAAAAAAUGGAAGGAGAUCCUUCGUUUUCCCCAUAUAAGUCAGUGUACUGAACUGGGAAACAGCAUCGAGAGGGAAUAUUUCAGCAUCUGUGAGAAACAGCCUAUCGGACGACUUCUCUUCCGUCUUUUCUGUGAGACCAGACCGAAACUGCAGCGAUGCAUCCAGCUGCUGGAUGCGAUGGAAGACUAUGAGGUAACACCUGAUGAAAAAAGAAAAAGCAGAGGGUGCCAGAUCAUCAAGGCCUUUCUAUCAGAAAAUUCACCUCAGCGUGUAGACAUAGCAGAGGUUUUUGCAGACCAGUGCAGAGAGAACCUCGAGCUGAGUCCAUGUAAGGAGAUCUUCAGCAACUGCCGCAAGGCUGUCCAUGACUACCUGAGUGGAGCUCCGUUUGCAGACUACCAGAACAGCAUGUACUUUGACCGCUUUCUACAGUGGAAGAUGCUGGAGAGGCAACCAAUCACUAAGGACACGUUCAGACAGUACCGAGUGCUGGGAAAGGGGGGAUUUGGAGAGGUAUGUGCCUGCCAGGUUCGAGCAACGGGGAAGAUGUACGCCUGCAAGAAGCUGGAGAAGAAGAGGAUAAAGAAGAGGAAAGGAGAGUCCAUGGCUCUCAACGAGAAGCAGAUUUUAGAGAAAGUCAACAGUAGAUUUGUCGUGAGCUUAGCGUACGCGUACGAGACCAAAGACGCCCUGUGUCUGGUGCUGACCAUCAUGAACGGAGGCGACCUGAAGUUUCACAUCUACAACAUGGGCACGCCUGGCUUCGACAAAGACAGGGUCCAGUUUUACGCUGCUCAAAUCUGCUGCGGUCUCGAACAUUUGCACAGGGAAUCGAUCGUCUACAGGGAUUUGAAACCUGAGAAUAUCCUAUUAGAUGACAAUGGACACAUUCGCAUUUCUGACUUGGGGCUGGCUAUCAAAGUGCCUGAUGGAGAACUCAUUAGAGGCAGAGUGGGGACAGUAGGCUACAUGGCUCCGGAGGUGAUAAAUAACGAAAAGUACGCCAUGUAUCCUGACUGGUGGGGACUGGGCUGCCUCAUUUACGAGAUGACCGCCGGGCGAUCACCCUUCCGCGCCCGCAAAGAGCGAGUGAAACGGGAGGAAGUGGAGAGGAGGGUGCAGGACGAAGAGGAGGAGUACAACGACAAGUUUACAGAGGAUGCCAAGGCCAUCUGUAGAAUGCUGCUCACCAAAGACCCUAAGCAGAGGCUGGGGUGCAAGGCGGAUGGAGCAGCAGGCGUCAAGGCCCACUCAUUCUUCAAAAACAUCAACUUCAAGAGGAUGGAGGCUGGAAUGGUGGAGCCUCCCUUUGUGCCUGAUCCUCGGGCAGUGUACUGUAAGGAUGUUUUGGACAUAGAGCAGUUCUCCACAGUCAAGGGAGUCAAUUUGGACCAAACAGACAAUGACUUCUACUCCAAAUUCGCUACAGGCAGCGUUUCCAUCCCGUGGCAGAAUGAGAUGAUAGAAACCGAGUGUUUCAGAGAUUUGAAUGUGUUUGGGCCACAUGGGACGAGAUCUCCAGAUUUGGACUGGAACCAGCCGCCAGAGCCACCUCGACGCAGCCUGCUGGACAGGAUCUUCAGGAGGCAUCACCCAGAGGUGUCCAUUUCCAACAGCCGUGUGCAGUCUUCCAGCGUAAACUCUGUGGACUCCAUGUCCAACUCUGCCCCCUAGUGGCAUCGUGGCUGUGUGGGCGCCCCACACACACAAACGCAGAACACAUACACACACACACAUGUACCGUGCAAAGGGAAGGAGCUACCGAGGGCUUCCCUGCUGCUGACUGGUCCACUGUGCUGGGGCCUGAGCAGCAGCUGGAGACAGCCGGUCUAAAAAGCCUUGAUGGUCAGUCCAUUGGG